AUGGGGGCCAAUUCAAGUAUUUUAAAUGGAUUCAUGGAAGAUACAAACUUCAGUAUUGAAGAAAUACAUCGUAUGCGUAAAAGAUUCAUGAAGUUGGAUAAAGAUGGGUCAGGGGAAAUUGACAAACAAGAGUUUUUAUCUAUACCUGGAAUUUCUUCAAACCCAUUGGCUACAAGACUAAUGGAUGUAUUUGACACAGAUGGUGAUGGUCGUAUUGACUUUGAAGAAUUUAUCACCGGUUUAUCUGCAUUCUCUGGUAAAUCGGAUAACUUGACAAAAUUGAAGUUUGCAUUCAAUAUUUAUGAUAUCGAUAGAGAUGGUUAUAUUGGGAAUGGUGAACUUUUCAUUGUCAUGAAGAUGAUGGUGGGUAAGAAUUUACAAGAUGAAGAGUUACAACAAAUUGUUGACAAAACUAUCAUGGAAGCUGAUUUGGACGGUGACGGGAAGUUGAACUUUGAAGAGUUCCAAAAAGCAGUGAAUACAGAUUCCAUUGCAAACACAUUGACGUUGAACUUGUUUUAA